AUCGUUAGGCUGCUUUGUAAUUAUUUUUGUUUUUAAUUGCUCUCCUGAUGUAGUCUGUUGGUCCGAUAAGUUGACAGUACUACUGCCCAAACGGACGAAUGAUCGAACAUAAUAUUUAUCGAUCUAGUACUGUACAAUGAUUGGUUGUAUAGAGAGACCGAUGGAUCAUUAGGCUCUUAUUACAGGACCUGUAAACGUAAGUUGUAAUCGCUAUCGAGGACUGUAUUUGUAUUUAGGAUCGUUUGGUUGUGUGCGAUCCUUGUUGUGUUUUCAGAGAUGGACGGAAGUUACCCUGAGAGGUAAGAAUAGGGGGAUCUAUAUAUUACAGCUAUAUAGUUUAGUAUAUUUAGUAUGUGAGAUGCAGUGGCAUUGCAGCUGAUCUUACCAAGGUGCUAUUUCCAAUUCAGAUGACAGUAUAGGUGUAAAAUCUACCAUGAAUUCUAAUCUAAAUCAUGGAUGAGACUCUUUUGUACUUUGGCGCGAGUAACAAAGUAGUGGCUACUUCUACAUUACACUGUGCUGGACAGGGGACACCUUGAUUUGAGCUUCACAUAAGGGUGAUCUGAAUAUAUUCAUGUAGUCAUUAUAACCUUAAGAAAGGGCACAAGCCUGUAGUUUACUACACUAGGAUAGCAGUACACCCAAAUCUUAGUUUGUCGUUUUGCAGUCGCUUUAUAGCAGGUUGGUGGCUCUUAUCAAACGUACAGCUGUUUAUUUAUUACCGUGAUGUUAGAGUGGUUAAUAGCCGGUUAAACGAGCCAAUAAGUGUUAUCAUCAUUAGUCAUUGUGUAAUGUGUAUAAGCCAUCUCCACCUGUAAUAUCGCUAUCAUGACUUCUCAAUGCACCGCUGCAGCUGGCCUCUCAUAUAUCCAAGACAUUACUUAAUUUACCUUAAUCUCCAAAACAGCCAGUAGCCAGUAUCGACUGAAUACUAUCCAGUAUUCAUGUAUCGACUGUGUACUAAUUUUCUUCAACUUCUAACCCAAACAUACAACCUAUGUGGCUAAUGCUUGCACACAUGUGCGCAUCAUUUCCGGUCCUUAAUAUCCACCGUUUCCAUAGUAACCAAAAGAAGAUGUUUAGGGUAACCAUGACGACAACCACUGGCCAGGUGUCCUCAAUCUAUAGUAAGAGUUCAGGCUGUGCUUGAGAUUGCACGAUUAUCUUCUCUAGACCUCCUCUACGGCUUGGUAUUAUUACAUUGCGUUGUCUUUAAUCUUUACAGUAGAGCCAGCAGACACAGGUUAUUGCAACUAUUCCCGAUAUUAAUAGUUUAGCUACCGAUGGUCCAGUAAACUAAACAUUGAACAUUUUAGAGGGUGGUUUGAUUUCACCAAAUUGGGUCGAUUUUCCCGCUUUGUCAAUCGUUACUGUUCUUGUUACAUGGAAGGAAAUGAUCUGAAAUGUAUGAACGGUGAUCCUCUUGGUAAUCAUUUCAAAAGGAACUCUUGGAAAAGUCGUAGUUUUGGGUAUCACCGACCGAAAACCAUUGUUGAAGAGAAUUACAUGAGACCUGACAGAUCUGGCAUACCAAAAAGAAAAGGGAAGAAUAAGAUUCUAGGAGGCUUGAAACGGAUAAGACAGAAAAGUUGCUCCUUCGAGGAAGAUAUUCCAACUCACGAUACCUCCCCAACCCUCCGCAAGAGUUCGAACGGAGAGACCCAGAGUUUUAUCUCACUAGCGGCUAGUUCUGAGUUGUUCGAGGGACUGGAAGGGAGUAAGGAAAGUGGGGAGGAGGUGAGGGUCCAGAGAAGAGGGGGCCCUCUGGCUAGGUCUAAGAGUUAUGUUGUGAAAGAGAAAGAAGAUAACGAUUGCAGUGAAAUGACCGCAGCCUCGCCCCUCAUCAUAGACGUGGGAGACAUGAAGGUGGAGUGUGUGGUGGGGGAGAAGACCGGAACCGCCACACUCGCUACGCAGACUGAACAGGUUCCCGCUGGUUUGGGCGCAGAAACAAGUUUAGAGCUCCUCAAGAAGCUCUCUAUACCCUCCCUGAGACGGGAACUUGAGAGGAAGAAGGUGAGAUUCAGUAAGAACGAUGGCAAAGAUCAGCUCCAAGCUAAACUGGAAGCAGUCCUGAAGUUGGAGACUUGUCCUCCAACCUGCCCUCUUACCAAAGGUAAGGUAGUGAUACACAGUGAGCCGGCUGAGCUAAAGAAGAAAGCGCAGCAGAUAGCAGUGAUGGCCCACAACACCGACACACCCCAAGUCCUGGGCGAGGCUAGCAAACAACUCUCACAUGUUACCCAAGAGGUGAGAGUAAUCAGACAGCUGCUUGAAGCGCACGUGCACCACAUCCGCGCGGUGUCAGACCACUCCACCACGGAGUGUGGGUGCAACAUGAUGUUAGAGAACCUCUGUCACUCUCUCUCUCAUUAUCACGUCAGAAAACUAGAGUCUCAGCUUCAGGAGACGUUGAGCGAGAUAAACAUGCUGCAGCUAGAGAAGCACACCCUGCUCCGGGCGGUAUCCAGGCUGUGCAACAAGCGCAACACACCCUCACCCCAACCUCUCUCAGCAGUCCGACCUCAGCGCCCUCUCUCUGCAGCACUCCCCCGCAGUAUCAGCUCCAUGUCCAGAUCCAUGGCAACCUGUACCCCUUGUGAGCAUGGUGACUGUAGGAUCGAUUAUUUGACCAGUCUGAUGGAGAAUGUGUUGCAACAGCACCAUUAAUCUCAGGUGCAGAAGAUUAUGAUGUUAAUAUCAGAGAAGGAAGAUGAGCCAAAGUCGGUGGAGUUUAACUGAGCUAGGAAGGUGCUCGGCAGUGACUUUAUAAUGGUCACAAGAAAGACUGCAAUCCCUACAUACGUGUACAUAUAUUGUUAAUUGUUAUUGAUUGUAUUUGUCAGCAUUUGUGUUCACUGUUCAUAGUCGUAGACACAACUAUAGGGUCAUUUUUGGCAGGAAAUGUUUAUGUUCGAAUGUUGACUGUUAAGUGGUAUUAAUGGCCUCAGAAUUUCAAGUGAAAUUAAAAGUAUUUUAGAUUUCCUCUUUAACCGUUUAUUUGGUUUUAAACUUAAGUUGUCAUCGAUCGCUGAAGGGAAUUGUUUCCAUUACAUUUGGCUAUUUCAAUUCACGACAUACGAUAAUAUAAUAUGUAAAAUUUGGCGUAUUGUGUUGAUGUAAAUAUUGUAAUUUAUGUAAAUAACGAAAAAUUGAUAAUAAUGAUAAAAUGCA